CCUUAACAGCGACCUGAGUCUGCUUUUAGCUUCCCUUCGCCUGCCUUGGCUUGUUUCUGUUCAAGAACAGCUGUUUGGCCCCUAGAUUAGAGAAAGGCGCCUCCUUCCCCUCUCCCAGGAGAUCCUCUUCUAAGUGCUCAGAGAUGGGGAGUGGGGAACCUAAUACUGCUGGCAAGAAAAAGAAGUACCUCAAGGCUGCCCUGUAUGUUGGUGACUUGGGCCCUGACGUCACAGAAGACAUGCUCUAUAAGAAGUUCAGACCCGCAGGCCCUCUACGCUUCACUAGAAUCUGCCGUGACCCGGUGACCCGCACCCCCCUGGGUUAUGGUUAUGUUAACUUCCGCUUUCCUGCAGAUGCUGAGUGGGCCUUGAACACAAUGAAUUUUGACUUAAUUAAUGGUAAACCAUUUCGCCUCAUGUGGUCACAGCCAGAUGACCGCUUAAGAAAGUCUGGAGUUGGAAAUAUAUUCAUCAAAAACUUGGAUAAAUCCGUAGACAAUAGGGCCCUGUUUUAUUUAUUUUCCGCUUUUGGGAAUAUUCUUUCCUGUAAAGUCGUAUGUGAUGACAAUGGCUCUAAGGGUUAUGCCUAUGUCCAUUUCGAUAGCCUUGCUGCUGCCAAUAGAGCUAUCUGGCACAUGAAUGGAGUUCGACUCAACAACCGCCAGGUGUAUGUGGGCCGAUUCAAAUUUCCUGAAGAGAGAGCAGCUGAAGUCAGAACCAGGGAUAGAGCAACAUUUACUAAUGUUUUCGUGAAAAACUUGGGAGAGGACAUGGAUGACGAAAAACUAAAGAAACUUUUCAGUGAAUGUGGGCCAACUGAAAGUGUUAAAGUAAUAAGAGAUGCCAGUGGGAAAUCUAAAGGCUUUGGAUUUGUAAGAUAUGAGACACAUGAAGCUGCCCAAAAAGCUGUGCUAGACCUGCAUGGCAAGUCAAUAGACGGGAAACUCCUAUAUGUAGGGAGAGCACAGAAGAAAAUUGAACGCUUGGCUGAGUUAAGGCGGAGAUUUGAAAGGCUGAAAUUAAAAGAAAAAAGUAGACCUCCAGGAGUGCCUGUCUAUAUUAAGAACCUGGAUGAAACCAUCAAUGAUGAAAAACUGAAGGAAGAAUUUUCUUCAUUUGGAUCAAUUAGUCGAGCCAAAGUGAUGAUGGAAGUAGGACAAGGCAAAGGGUUUGGUGUCGUCUGCUUCUCUUCUUUUGAAGAGGCUACCAAAGCAGUGGAGGAGAUGAAUGGUCGGGUAGUAGGCUCUAAGCCACUGAAUGUCACUCUGGGCCAAGCCAGGCGCAGGUGGUGAGCCCUAACUGUUGGAUACCUAACUUGAGUUCCUUUGUAAUAUGAGGUGAUUUUCUGCAAAUUCACAGGUUUUUGUUGUUUU